AUGGCAUCACCCUCCUACAACCCCUACCUCUCCAAGCGAAGCGCUGCCGUUGUUGCCAAGCAGCAUCUCCCUUGGAGAUUCGCCCGGGCUCAGACGUACGAUGCCAAGACCAACCCGGACGGCCUCAUCUCAUUUGCCCUCGCGGAAAACAAACUGAUUGCCGGCGACGUCGAGAGCUUCGUCAACGCAGCCCAUUUCUCCUAUGGAUUCUCAACCGCUGGCGGCCGCCGCUUCCCCGCCGCCCUGGCCGUCCAUCUCAACGAGUAUCUCCAGCCCCACGAGCCCAUCACGGCCGACCACAUCAAGGUCACCAGCGCGGCCACGUCCAUGCACGACAUCCUCGCAUGGGGUCUCGCCGAUCCAGGCGACGGAAUCUUGGCCAGCCGCCCCGUCUAUGGCCGCUUUGAGCUCGACUUUGGCAACAGAGCCCAAGUCAAUGUCGUCUACGCCGACUCCGCUGCUGACAACUGCUUCGCCGAGAAUGUCGUUGACAAGUUUGAGGCGGCCGCGGCUCAAUCCGAGGCCAGGGGCGUCAAUAUCAAGGCCGUUCUGAUUGUCAAUCCCCACAAUCCCCUCGGAAUAUGCUACCCCAAGGAGACGUUGGUCGCCAUCAUGAAGUUCUGCCAGAAACGCAAGCUCCACCUCAUCAGCGACGAAAUCUACGCCUGCUCCACGUUCGACUCGGGAGAGCCGUACGCGACGCCCUUCACCUCCAUCCUCGCCAUCAACGCGGAGGGUCUCAUUGACACGGAGCGCCUUCACGUGACGUACGGCUUCAGCAAGGACUUUGGCUCGGCGGGCCUGCGCCUCGGAGCCAUCAUCACCCGCAGCCAGGCGGUCAAGGACGCCGUCACCGGCGUCAUGCGCUUCCACAACCCGGCCGGGCCCAGUCUGGCCAUCGGCGCCGCCAUGCUCGAGGACCGCAAGUGGUGCCGCGACUUUGUCGACUCGACGCGCCGGAAGCUCGCCGCCGCCUACAGGCACGCGACCCAGGGCCUACACGAGAUUGGCGUCAACUAUCUGUUGGGCAGCAAUGCCGGCUUCUUUCUCUGGAUCGACUUGUCGCCCUUCCUGCGCAAAGACCUCGGGAGCUUGUCUAAAGCCGAGUCUGCACUUGGAAAGAAGCUGAUCAACGCCGGCAUCUUUCUUCACGCGGGAGAGGAGCACUCGCUCGAGCCCGGGUGGUUCCGCAUGGUGUUCACGCAGGAUCCUGAGGUCGUGGCAGAGGGAAUAAGGAGAAUCAACCGGGCCAUCUCCCAGCCCAACUAG